UUAAUUGCAAAACUUAAUAUAGCCUCCAUGAAAGUAAACAUAAAAUCUACUCAUAAAUCAUUUAACCCGCUAUUACUUUAAGACUGUAAAUACAAAGUUUAUAAACUAUAUUUAGCUAUAUUUGGGAUUUAUCUACGUAAUCGAAUGCCGUCUAAUUAGCAAAAAUUUCAACAAAUUAAUUAUUGAUUUAACUGAAGAUUGUGUAAACAAUUAUUACACAAGUAUCCAUCUACCUUAUGGGACAGGAUCUUCAGAUGCUCGCAUCAUUUUACUGCGACCUGUCCCAUCUUAUACCAGAAAUUGCACCAUUGAUAUUAUUAGACCACAGUACCAAAACAGCUGUGAGGAUAAAUGUAUGACCAUCGUGGUGGUCGAAUUUUUUAAUUAUAAAACACUGCAAAGUUGCACCAUGAACGGGGGCGUAUUUAUGGUUUCUGGCAGUAAAUUAUUUGAAGAUGUUUGUGCAGACAUGGACAGUAAUCCAAACCAAACAAAAAGUGAACGGGAACACCAAAUGCACGCUUAUGUGAUUCGUGAUAGAAACUUUUCUAUUAAAAUUGAUUUCCAAAAUUUUUUUGGGACGAUUAAAAUAACAGCGACUUCAGGAAAAUUUUUAGGCACUUACGGUAACUGCACUUCAAACGAAAUUGUUUGCAUAUUAGAUGGCCAAGUUUUCUGUAUUGAUAAACUGCUGGAAUGUGAUGGCAAUUUUAAUUGUGGUACUCCGAAAUUAUAUGACGAGUAUUGUAGCAAUUUAUAUGUACAAGAAAACAUAUUACUGAUGAUAAUAUAUGGAGUUUGUCUGGUGGCAGUUAUGAUGUUUUUCCUUAUUCAGCUGUUACGUGUUUGUGUGCCAAGUGUAGCCGAUCAUUUCUUCGUAUUUCACGAAAGCGAUGAGUACAAAUUUGUUUUAACGUCACAAUCUUUGCCCCCACUUGAGCCUUACUAACAGUUGGAGGAAUGCCAGAAAGGACAAAGAGUUUCGCGAUGUUAAAAUUUUCUAACUAAAACGAAAAAACAAAUAAACAGUCUGUGUAAA